AUGGCUUCCGGCGCACCUCACACCCUGAAAUGGGGCAUCAUGGCCACCGGCUGGAUCGCCGAGGUCUUCUGCAAGGACCUCCUCACCGAUCCCGCCUCGCGCGACGUCCACGACGUCCGCCACGAAAUCGUCGCCGUCUCGUCCUCCAGCUCCGUCGACAAGGCCGCCGCCUUCGUCAAGAAGAUUGACGGCCCGGCCUCGGCCAAGCUCUACGGCUCUUACACCGAGCUCGUCGCCGACCCCAACGUCGACAUCAUCUACGUCGCCACCCCGCACAGCCACCACUUCCAAAACGCCAUGCUGGCCCUCGACGCCGGCAAGAACGUCCUCUGCGAAAAGGCACUCACCGUAAACGCCUCUCAGGCGCGCAAGCUCGUCGAAAAGGCCAAGUCCAAGAACCUCUUCUUCAUGGAGGCCGUCUGGACUCGCUACUUCCCCCUCAGCAUCAAGAUCCGAGAGCUGAUCACCUCGGGCGAGAUUGGCACCGUCUACAGGACCUUGGCCGAUUUGUCCUUCAACGAGAACAAGGACGGCCAAGAUGGCACGGUCAACUUUCCCGACACGCACCGCAUGGUCAACAAGGACCUCGCUGGAGGCGCUCUCCUGGACCUCGGUAUCUACGCCCUGACUUGGGUGUUCCAGACUCUCUAUCACGUCCAGCCGGAAAAGGACAAGGAGGCUCCCAAGGUUGUCGCUGCCAUCAACAAGUACAAGACUGGCGCCGACGAGAUGACGAGCAUCAUCUGCCAGUUCCCCGGCCACAAGAGCAUGGGCGUUGCCACCACCUCCAUCCUCGUCGCGAGCAACCCCGACGAUAACACCACGGCCCCUGCCAUCCGGAUUCAAGGAUCCAAGGGCGAGAUCCAAGUCACGCACCCCGCCUUCCGACCGACCGAGUUCCGCGUCAUCAAGAAGGGCAGGGAGGGCAAGGUCGAUGUCGUCGACUGCCCCAUUCCCAAGGACCCGAAGCGGAACUGGGGCCACGGCAUGUUCUGGGAGGCCGACGAGUGCGCCCGUUGCGUGCGAGACGGAAAGAAGGAGAGCGCGACGCUGCCAUGGUCCGAGAGCAUCGUCAUCAUGGAGACCAUGGAGGAGGUGUUGAAGCAAGGAGGUGUCGAGUACCCGGAGCUCAUCACGACCGACGUCUAUGACGCCAAGAGCCCGCUCAACACCGGAAAUCAGUAG